AUGGCGCCGCCGCAGAAACGGAGAAAGGUGGUUGAGACGGCAGACUUUGGAGAUGUCGUGUAUGCAGAUGAGGUCUCUGCCGGCACACAUUCGCACGUAGUCGAGCACAUCUCACCGAUACAAUGGCAUUCGGCCCCUACACGACAGGUGCCGCAGCAUAUCGAGGAGGUGCAUUUGCAAAUACAUAACCAGGCUAUUGGGGCGGUGGACAGUUAUGCUGAGUUGCGGAAGCGUCAGGCAGCAGGCACAGGAUCGUCAUCAUUGGAGCAGGUUUUGAGUGUCACAGUCGCGGCGGCUGUUGCGAUUGAUGGGAGCACGACCGCCGUCUCUACCACCACAUCCUCAAUCUCUGGCCAGGCCACUUUCUCCAGUACGGCUACGAUCUCGACGGUGGUGAGUACAGCCGCCUUGAGUAUCAGCCCGAGCGCUGUCAUCUCCUCCAGCGCGAGCACUUCUGUUGGGAGCUCGGCCAUCUCUUCUUCGUCGGAAAACAGUACGCAGUCCUCUACAAGUUCGGGCACCGGGAUAUCAUCCACCAGCUCCGCGAACACUUCGGACGGUCUCAUAGGUCUCUCACCUGCUGCAGCGAGUGGUACAGUCAGUGGUACUUCUACCAAUUCCACCUCUGCUACAACGACUAGAUCUGGGUCUUUGACGACGGGACUGAGCGCGACUGGUUCGACUUCGCAGAACCUCACUACGUCGGAAUAUCUGUUCCUCUCAGACGGCAAGACUUUUACUACCUCGACUACUAUCAACCUCGCCAGCUCGGCAUCACGAACUGCUUCAAGUGACGAAUCAUCCACGACAGACUCAUCGUCGACCUCAUCACUGACUCUAGGCGCGGCAUUCUACCUUUCUACUCUCGAGGAUGGCACUCUGGUCACGAUCUCACGUUCCAACGAAGCUUAUGCGACGACGUUUGCGAAUGGUUUUCAGACCACCAUCCCAGCCGCCAGCGGUAGCUACCUCACCACGACAGGCAGUGAUGGAUCCGCCUUGACAUCCUACCAAUCACCGAGCCCCACGAGCACAAAUUUGAACGGACAAAGCGUUACUAGCGCACCAGUAGGCGUCGGAGCUGGCGUCAACGGCCAAAGCACGCAGACGUCCGCAUCAUCAAGCAGUACCAGUAGUGCCGCCAGCUCGAACGACAACAGCAACAACAAUAAUAACAACACCGCACCCCCCGGCACCAUAGCAGGCGGCGUCGUAGGCGGCGCGGCAGGCCUCGCCGUAAUCCUCCUAAUCGCCAUGCUCUUCCUCCGCUGGUCCCGCGGAAAAGCCCAAGGCGGCCACCAGGCUCUGCCCGCCAACACCGGCGUUUCACCCACCAACGACCAAGUAUCUUCAGUAUCUCGUGGACCGGGCAUGGCGGAGCGUGCAGGCCUGAUGCCGGUUUUCGGCGCCGUGCCGGCACUGUUUCGACAUCAGAACCGGAGUCAGGAUACGGCGGGUGCGGGGACGGAGCGGAGUUUCGAGAGGGUGGCGGGCACGGGGAGGAAGAUGCCGUCGAGUUUUAGUCCCGGGAUGAGCGCGGUUGGGGCUGGGGCUGGGGUUGGAGGAGGAGGCGGUGCGGCGGCUGCUGGUGGGGUGCCUUAUGCCAUGCCCUUGCAAUCGCAGGAGAAUAAUCUUAGCACGACUUCUUUUUACAGGGAUAGUACCGGCUUCUAUGGCGGCGAGGGGAGUUCACCGCCUGAGAACCCUUUUGAGCCGGGGACUGCUUCUGCUGCCAUUGGAGAAGGAGGUGCAGGAGUUGCUGGGGCAGCGGCAGGGAAGGAGGAAAUGACGCUCUCGCCUGGUCCCCGUCGGACUCCGACUGUGCAUGGUCCUGGUCCGUAUCGGAUGUCUACGCCUGCUGCUACGGCUUCUUCGCCUGGGAUGGAGGGGUUUGGGCCUGCGGGGACGAGUCCGGCGGUGGCGAGUUUUGAGCGGAGUGAGACGCCCGGGAGUUUGGAGCAUAGUCGGGGGAGUCGAUUUACGGAGGAGGUGUGA